UGCCAAAACAAUCCCACCCACAGCACGCGGCGGUGGUGUGACAUUUUAUCGUUUUACACGCAAGAAAAAUACCAAAAUCGCGCAGACGGUCAUAUGUUCGCGUAAUUGCCGAUAAAACCGAAUUCGUGUUUUGUAGCGUUGAUUUUCGUGGUUUGUGAUUGUUUACGCCGCCGAGCGAUGUUUAAAACUUUGCAACAAGCUCUUUUUUCCACCGGAUUACAGACACCAAAGUUCACAGAACAAGACAAAGAGCAGGGUGUUGACUAUGAGAUCCGCACCUACUACGACACCAAGUGGGUGAGCACCUCUCUGGGUGGGAUGGAGUGUGACGCGGCGCUGCGCACGGGCUUCCGUCGCCUCUUCAGCUACAUUCAAGGCAGCAAUCAAAAGAAGGUGAAAGUGGAGAUGACGGCUCCUGUGACGUGCCGGGUGGAACCUGGAGCCGGUCCCGCCUGUGAGACUCUGUUCACGGUGUCGUUCUUCAUCCCAGAGGAGCAUCAGGCUGAUCCCCCAGAGCCCAGUGACCCUGAAGUGUUUGUGGAGCUCAGGAAGGAGUUCACAGUCUAUGUCCGGACUUACGGCGGAUUCUCCAAUGAUGAGAUGAAGCGUGAAGAGCUCCAGAAGCUUCUGGCCAGCCUGCAGAGGGACAAGGUGCCACACGUAGGUGAGCCGUACUACACAGCCGGCUACGACAGCCCCUUCAAAAUGAUCAACCGCAGGAACGAGGUCUGGAUCCUCAAGGAACCGCCGCAGCAGUAACAAAUCCAGAGGUCACAACGAGGGGCGCACCCUUCCAGGAAAAUGUCUUAUUGUGAUUAUUGUGGAAAAUUUUGCGAUUGUGAUGUGAUAAAUGUAUGGCCUUGUAAUACUGCGGCUAGGUCCAAAAGUAUUUGGACAGCAACCCACGCUUUAUUUUGCAUCUAUACACCACCACAAGGUUGUAGUAUCAAUUUUUACCUUUAAUUUGAGGGACUGAACAAAAAUAUCACAUGAACCAUUGAGGCAUCAUUGUCACUUUUAUUUUCAGAGCCUAUAAAAUAAUUAGACAAACUGACUAUUUUAACACAAAUCAACACAUUUUCAGGCAGUUUAAUAUUUUCAGGUCAUUGAAUGUGUCUUAGUGUCGAGAUAAAUUCAAGAAUUCUUGUUACAUGUGUCACCGAGUUCUGAAACAAGCUGUGUCAGGCCUAAAUUAUGUUUAUAGCAGGAUAAUAAAACUAUGUGAUGGUGGAAAUAUUUAACAUUAAUCCUCAAACACAAGCAAAUACAAGACAAAUUAUCCACAACAUGACCCCUUUAAUAAUAAUCUUACUGUGAGCCACAUUUAAAUCGGUACUUUUAUUUUAUUUUAUUUUUUUUCCAGUUCUCCUCUGUGGAAGUUAAAACCUGAAUUUAAAAAUAUAAAAAGGAUUUAUAUAGUUUUUUUCUGACAGGUUUACAUGUUUUAACAUAUAACUUCAUCGUUAAAGUGUUUGAGCCGUUUCAGUAAAAAAAAAAAGUUUGCAUUUUAGCGUGCACUCAGCGCAGUCUGUGAUUUAUUUAAAUCACACCUUUUGCCACAAUUAAUUGUGCAUCACAAGUUACAACACACUCGAUCAGGAAAAUACGUCACACUUAUCAAAGUUUAACAAAGCAGCAUUUAUUGAAAUCCAGCAGGAGAAACCUGCUGCUGUUCUGUUUAACCACAUAGAAUAGAACAAACCUGAUCAUAGUUCAGUUAGGAGCAGGGUUACGACCAAAAAACUGCUUCUAGUGACAUUUGCGAACAAAGUCGGUUAUAUUUUUAAAAUAUGUCGACAUAUGCUGAAUGUUUUGUUCAAUGUUUGUUUGGUUUGGCUGCUGCUGACAGAGAUGUGGUGCAAAACAAACAGACAAAAAUCUGGCAAAUGUCUAAAGGUCAGAAUGAAAGCUGAAGGUCAAAUAUUCAGGAUCCAA